UAAUAAAAAUAUAUUUUGCCAUCCCGUUAGAGUAGUCAGUGAUAAAGAUAAGUGAGUUCAAAUUCGAAGGUAUCCCAACACUACGGGAUCGCCUCUGAUACGGAGCACUCGCGUCUGACGACUAUCAGUCACCCAGUUCUCAACAUUCUUAUAUCAAGGGUAUUUCGGUAGAAAUAAUAGCAGUAUAAAAUGGUACUGAGCAGCGUGAUUCGGGCAGCCAGUAGGGUGAACAGAUCGUGCGCCGUAUCUCACUGUUGUCGGCGGGCGACGUACAGCACAGAUAGCAAAGGUCGUUACUUCACAAAGAAACACGAGUGGGUUACUGUUAAGGACAACAUCGGCACAGUUGGCAUAUCCAAUUACGCACAGGAUGCCCUCGGUGAGGUGGUGUACGUGCAGCUGCCGGAAGUAGGGACGGCAGUGGAGGCUGGGGACGAGUGCGGAGCCCUGGAGAGUGUCAAGGCAGCCAGUGAAGUCUACACGCCUGUUUCUGGCACUAUAACAGAAAAGAACGUAGCAGUGGAGAAGACUCCAGCUCUCAUCAACCAGUCAUGUUUCGAAGACGGUUGGCUCUUCAGGGUCAAACUAUCCAAGACGGACGAACUAAACGGACUUCUGGACCAAACCGCAUACGAAAAGUACCUUGAAGAAGAUCACUAAUAUUAAUAUCCUGGAUUUACUUAAGUCCAGUCUGUUGAAAAAAGAUCGUAAUAUUAAUGGUACUGCUACUCUGCAGUUGUAAUUAUAACCUAUUCUUGAGUUUUUAAUUCGAUUUCAAUACGAUAGCUAACAUUAGACAAUAGAUUUAUGUGGGCCAAAUGCACUUUUAAAAGAUUCGAUACAAUCUUUAAUUUUUUGGACUCAAAUUAAUUUGAAGCUCAAGCAAAUAAUACAUAGGUAAGUACCACUAAACAUCACAAAUAAUUAUCUACCGACUUUUGCAGACUGACUUAUUUUUAUCUUCAAAUGCGCAUAGAAUAAGUUUAUAAAUACGAUUGAUCAUGGACCAAUCGUGAUAUUAUUUAAAUAAACUGUUGUGAUAAAUUGUCAACGGUUUUCUAAA